UUGCUUACUGGCCUGAUAGUGUUGUAAUGUAGUUUAUUCUUCAUGUUGAACUGUGUAGUUACUGUAACUGCCAGAGACGGAGUGUACAUUCCAAAUGGCACCCUAUUUCCUAGUCAAAGGAGUGCACUUUAUAGCGAAUAGGGUGCCAUUUGGGAUGCCAGCUGACAGAGAACAAAUGAUAGAACAGAAGCUUAUGCAGAUCAGUUGAGGAGCUCACAGAAGCCUGAACACUGAGGAAGACAACAGCAACCAUUUUGAGGGAAUACCAAUACAACUAUGGAACUUGGAGUGUUUCUCAUCAUCAUUUUUUCAGUAAUAGGCAGACUCUGCUCUGUAACAAGCACAACUACAGAUCCUAAUAUGACAACCACAACAGAGGCACCUGCUACAACAACCACAGCUGUCAGUGCAUCUCCUGCUCCAACAACCACAGACGCAGCUCCUACAACAACAACAAUAACUGAGGCUCUUACUACAACAACAACUGAAGCUCCUACUACAACAACCACAGAUCCAUUUACUACAACAGCUCCUACUACGACAACCACAACUGCAGCUCCUACUAUGACAACCACAACUACAGCUCCUACUACGACAACCACAACUACAGCUCCUACUACAGCUCCUACUACGACAACCACAACUGCAACUCCUACUACGACAACCACAACUGCAGCUCCUACUACAACUGCAGUUCCUACUACAACAACCACAACUACAGCUCCUACAACCACAACUGCAGCUCCUACUACAACAACCACAACUGCAGCUCCUACUACAACUGCAGUUCCUACUACAACAACCACAACUACAGCUCCUACAACCACAACUGCAGCUCCUACUACGACAACCACAACUACAGUUUCUACUACAACAACUACAGCUCCUACUACAACAACAACAACAGUAGCUCCUACUACAACAACCACAACAGUAGCUCCUACUACAACAACCACAACAGUAGCUCCUACUACAACAACCACAACAGUAGCUCCUACUACAACAACCACAACUACAGUUCCUACUACAAUAACCACAACUACAGCUCCUACUAGAACAACCACAACUACAGCUCCUACUACAACAACCACAGAUCCAAUUCCGACAACAGUUCCUACUACAACAACCACAACUACAGCUUCUACUACAACAACAAUAACAGGAGCAGCAGCUCUUACUACAACCACAGUUCCUACUACAACAACCACAGAUCCAAUUACGACAACAGCUCCUGCUAAGUUAACCACAACUGUAGCUCUAAUCACAACAACUGUAGCUCCUACUAUGACAACCACUGCUCCUAAUAAAACAACCACAUCUCCUAAUACAACAACAACAUCUCCUACUACAACAACCGCAACUCCUACUACAACAACUGCAGCUCUUAAUACAACACAUACAGCUCUUAAUACAACACCUACAGCUCCUACUACAACACCUACAGCUCCUACUGCAACACCUACAGCUCCUACUACAACACCUACAGCUCCUACUACAACAACUACAGCUCCUAAUACAACAACUGCUGUUCUUACUACAACAAUUACAGCUCCUAAUACAACAACUACAGCUCCUAAUACAACAACUGCAGCUCCUAAUACAACAACUGCAGCUCUUAAUACAACUGCAGCUCCUACUACAACAACUGCAGCUCCUAAUACAACAACUGCAGCUCUUAAUACAACUGCAGCUCCUACUACAACAACUGCAGCUCUUAAUACAACUGCAGCUCCUACUACAACAACUGCAGCUCUUAAUACAACUGCAGCUCCUACUACAACAACUGCAGCUCUUAAUACAACUGCAGCUCCUACUACAACAACUGCAGCUCCUAAUACAACAGCUGCAGCUCCUACUACAACAACUGCAGCUCCUACUACAACAACUGCAGCUCCUACUACAACAACUGCAGCUCCUAAUACAACAGCUGCAGCUCCUAAUACAACAACUGCAACUCUUACUACAACAACUACAGCUCCUAAUACAACAACCACUACUGAGCUACCAGACACUUCACAAAUGAGCACUAUAACUCCACCUGCAGGACAGUACACCAUGCAUAGUAGGUCUGGAUAUAAGUUGGUACUGAGGGUGAAAUUUACCAUGACAACAGACCUUACCGAAUCUGAAAUCUUGAAGCAGCUUCAGUGGGAACUGAUCAGACGAGGGAUGCCAGAGACCUUUACACUGCAUAUGAGAAUCCUUUCAGGACAGAAUACAAAGAGAGUUACAAACUUUAAUGACGAUGGUCUGUUGGGGGAGGUUUAUGAACCCCAUGUCAUAUCACUUAAUCCGGCAUAGCAAAGACACAACAGAUACCCAUGUCCUGCCGUAACUGGACCUAAUGUAUUAGGCAACUAAAUAUCUAUAGUACCUUCAGAAAGUUCACACCUCUUGACUUGUCUCACAUUUUAUGUUACAAAGUGUAAUUAAAAAUGAUUGAAUUGUAUUGUUUUGUAAACGAUCUACACAAAAUACUCUGUAAUGUGGAGAGAAAAAAAAGUGGAAGUGGACAUUUUUUUUGAACAUUUGUAAAUGAAAUAUGAUGUAUUAAUCAACAGUCAGUUGCUAUGUUCUCAUAGUGAAAGUAAUUUAACUCAGAAACUGCAAUGACCCAAACACUUGUAACUGAACUCAAGGCCACUGAUAUUUUUUUUGUUGCUAUUAUAUACUAGGCUAAAUAGUUUGGAAAAUGAGAGUGUUAACAGACUUAAGGCAGGGUAUAGGCUAACGGAAAACAACACGGUCAUUGAGGUGAGAAUCACCACAGGUCAACAUCAUACAUGAACUUCUGUACUUGAACUCAACAAACACAACAGUACACACAUUCACCAGACUUUUGAGGAUGAGAUGGUCUUAUCAACUGAGAGGGAAAAUAUAACAGAAUCCACCAAAACUGCACCGAAAUUAUAGGUUCAUCCAAGGCCACAUUUUAUUUUGAAUCAUUAUUAUUUUUUCAAUACUUUUUAUCCAGUCGGAUAAACACUCCAAACAGCCUACCCGACCGCUCGGAGGAGUCUGCAUGGUCCUAAAGCAAUCGUUUGGAAUAACAUUCCAAUGAUAAAACUGGUGGGGACAAAAAUGCAAUUUCAGAAUGUGGGAUGGGCAUGUCCAUCCCGAGUGAAAGUUGCGCCCCUGGUUUCAUCCACUAGGAGUCGCCAUUCCCUAGGCUAUCAGUUCACGUCCAAAUGUGGACAAUGCAGCAACAGUAUUAAUCAGGAUAUGUAAUUAAGACUAACAGAAAUACAAUAAUCAGUUACUGACACGGCAUCACGCAAAAGGGAAAUUCAAUGCAAACAUGUAUUUAUGUACAUUUGAGUGUCGUCUGGUUAAGUUGAGGGUCCGUUAUGACGCAUUGGUACAAAGGGAAAAGGGUCGGUCAGGGGUUCUGGUGUUGGAGCUUUUGGUCAAAGGCCUUCGUCAGAGCUCAAGCAUAGGGUGUCUUUCUCUAAGUUUGUUAGGGUACUCUGUUUUAAUAUAAUGUUGAUGUGGGUCCCCUUUAGGGAGCGAUGAAGACUCAGUGGUUUGUUGUGAGUAAACAGACAUGUGGGUUCAGCGGAGUUCCUCUUUGGUGAUUGUUCUGUCUGAGUUGAAUAAAGCUUCGCCAAUCUGUG